CACAAGCGUAGCGCGGGAAACAACCGGGGUGACCGAGGUGUCUUCUGGCUGGUGUAUAUUCCGCUCCUCGGCUUCUGUUCUUUCCUCCUCGUUGCCAAGACGGAGAGUCCACUCCUUGCUAACGAAAGCUGCAGGAUGAGCUCCGGCCAGGCAGUGGGCCCCCUGAACAGCGGCCGAGGAAAUGAGCCCGAUGACCAGCUGUUAAAGCUGCCAGAAAAGCUGCAUCAGCGACUGAUGCCGUUCCAGAGGGAAGGUGUCAGAUUUGCUCUCUCAAGAGACGGGAGGUGCAUGAUUGCUGAUGAGAUGGGACUUGGGAAAACCCUGCAGGCCAUUGCGGUGGCUUGCGCCUACAGGCAGGAGUGGCCCCUGCUGAUUGUGGUGCCCUCCUCUCUCAAAUACCCCUGGAUCGAGGAGCUGGAGAAGUGGAUUCCGGAGCUCGACCCGGAGGACAUCAACCUGGUAGAGAACAAGGCGGAUAUUGAAGGCAUCAGCCGCAGCUUGGUCACAGUGCUGGGCUACGGCCUCCUCACCAGCGACGCCCAUGCACUGGUCGGCGCCCUCUCCCAACGAGACUUCGGCGUGGUGGUGGUGGACGAGUCACAUUACCUGAAGUCUCGCCAGGCGGCCCGCACUCGCCUCCUGGUUCCCUUGAUCCGGAAAGCCCAGCGGGCCGUCCUGCUGACCGGCACGCCUGCACUGGGCCGGCCGGAAGAGCUUUUCAUGCAGAUCGAUGCCCUGUACCCCAGUCAGUUUGGGACCUGGUCUGAGUAUGCCAAGCAGUACUGCAACGCCCAUUACAGGUUCUUUGGGAGCAGGCGUCAGUGGGACUGUCGGGGGGCGUCGCACCUGGACGAGCUGCACCAACGCCUGGCUGAGGUCAUGAUCCGCCGACUCAAAGCGCAGGUGCUCACCCAGCUUCCCCCCAAGAUCCGGCAGCGCAUCCCAUUCGACCUUCCCAAAGAUGGAGCCAAGGAAGCCAGCGCCAGCUUUGAGGAAUGGCAGAAGCUGAUGGGGGUGCUGGCCUCGGGGGCCCCACAUGGUGAAAAAGACCCAUUUGUGGAAGUCAUGGGGCUCAUCACACGCAUUUACAAGCAAACAGCCAUCGCCAAGGCAGGCGCGGUGAAGGACUACAUCAAGAUGAUGCUGGAGAACAAGGAGCUGAAGUUCCUGGUGUUUGCGCACCACCUGACGAUGCUGCAGGCGUGCACAGAGGCGGUCAUCGAGGCCAAGGCGCGCUACAUCCGCAUUGACGGCAGCGUCCCAUCCUCUGAGCGCAUCCACCUGGUGCACCAGUUCCAGAGUGACCCCGUCACCCGUGUGGCCAUCCUGAGCAUCCAGGCUGCCGGUCAGGGCCUGACCUUCACAGCAGCCAGUCAUGUCGUCUUCGCCGAGCUCUACUGGAACCCGGGCCAUGUGAAGCAGGCAGAGGACCGAGCGCACCGCAUCGGGCAGAGCCGCUCUGUGCACGUGCAUUACCUCAUCGCCAAGGGCACCUUCGACACAGUCAUGUGGGCCAUGCUGAACAGGAAGGAAACCAUAACAGGUAGCACCUUAAAUGGGAAGAAGGAGUACCUCAAUGCAGAAGUCGGGGACAAGGAAAAGUGGGAGUUCCUGAAUUUUGCCAGUAUGUGGACGCCCAGCGGUGCUACGGAGGGGGUCCCUACCAAUCGCAAAGAUGACGGCGUGUUCUUCUCACAUUUCGAGAAGGACCACCAGCAUGACAUCCGUUCAUUUUUCUCGCCAAGCUCCGCCAAGGAGAAGAGGCGGAGGGAGCCCUCGGGGGAGCAGACCAAGCCAGACGCUUGCACUAACACUCUCGACGAGGAAUUCGCUCCCCAGUGUAAGAGGCUGCGGCAGAUUCGCCGGCCCUCUUCGCUGCCCAGUGGCCCUCGCCGGCCGUCCACAGGGUCCCCCCAGGCUGCCCCCACGAGACACAGCGGGGAGUGGAACUGCAACUCCUGCACAUACACCAACAGCGACCUCCUCCCUUACUGCGAGAUGUGUGAGGCGUCACGCCCCUGCACAGCCGUGCCCGUGUCAAAAGGAACUCGACGACCCCUGCUGGAGUCCAGGCCCUGCCUCGUCCGUUCUUCCAUGGAUGGCGGGGACGCACAUCUGUCUCCUGGGGCCUCCAACACCGAUGGGGGACCAGAACACGAGGACGAGGACCUGGAGCACGAGAAGGAGGGGACGCCCCACGCGAAUGGGCAGGCAGGCUGUCACUCACCUCAGCUGGCAGACGGGAACGUGCGUGAAUCUCCCUCUGGCCUCCCUGUGCACGAGGACCUGAAGUUCCGGGCCAGCAGGAACACCGACAGGAUCUACAUCUACAGCAAGGAAGGCUCUCCACUGAACUGCAACUUCAUCCCCAUGGACAUUAAGCUGGACACCUGGGAUGACCUGCCCCAGCAGUUCAGUUGCUGGGAAAACCGAUUGCAGGUGCUGCGCUUUGUGCGGGGCUGGACCUCCCUGUCAGCCACGAAGCAGAGGGUGAUCCGGAGGAGCGGUCGCCUGUUCCAGAGCCCCACGCUGCUCCUGGAGGAACUCACCAGUGACCAGCGGAGGCGCAGCAUCACCAAACGGUUUCUGACCAAAGAGGAUGUGGCCCACGCCUCACUCAGCAAGGCCAGUGUCGAGAGCGGCACCGUCCGACAUGUCACCUCUGAGACCUCCACCAGGAGGACAUCUGCCCAGCUGACCAGCAUGCCUUCUGACAGGGCCAACCCACGGGAGAGGGGAUUCCUGCAGGCGCUGGAUAGCGCUGGCACCCCUCUGUGCCUGCUCUGCCAGGCGCCCUGCAGGCCCGGGGGCACCUGGGACGGCCACUUCUGCCAGCAGCGCUGCCGAGAGGACUUUCAGACACAGUCCAACGGAGCGUACGUGCGCACGCGGGUCUUUGAGGCCGAGCACGGUGUAUGCCAGCACUGCGGCCUGAAUGCACACCAGCUGUUCACGCGUGUGCGGGACGCACCACCCACACACAGGAAAGAGAUGCUGGAGGGCACCUGGCUGGCACAGCUGCCCCUCAAACUGCUGAACGAGAUCAUCCGCAGCCCAACAGAGGGGCAGUUCUGGCAGGCUGACCACAUCCGGCCUGUCUACCAAGGCGGCGGCCAGUGCUCCCUGGAUAACCUGCAGACCCUGUGCACCGUCUGUCACAGAGAGAGAACGGCUCAGCAAGCCAAGGAGCGCAGCCAAAUGAAGAGAGGUGCGGCUGCCGGCAAGCUGGCCUCUGACAUCACCAAGUUCUUCAUCAAAAAGUGAGCGGGGAAGGGCCCCCCCAGCACUGGCUGAGGAGUGCAGGGACCCUGCCAUUUGCUCCCCAUCCCAGCGCAGUCUCUGACUAACGACCGGGCUCCUCUCUCUUCCCGCUGGCCUCUUGGGGCCGAUUGCUGCCUCCCCUCCAGAGGCACUGAGCAGGAGAAGACCCCCCCCUCCCCCCCGGCCAUGCUCUGAGCAAGCACUGGUGAUUUAUGGUGACAUUAAUCAGGGGCAGGUGGUUCUGCUUCUAUUUUAACUUUUUGCGAAGUUGGGCGGGGGAGGGGGGGCAGACACUCAUUUGCAUUUUAACAGAAGGUGCCUGUUAGUGAUGGUGCCCUGGGUGCUGCACUUUCUCCCACGACUCCUGUAAGUUGCUCAAUAAAGCUUGUUAGAUCUGGAAA